GCUGCCUUAGCAUUCUCGUCUUCCAUAAUGCCGUCGGCGACAGCACAGUCUACCGCAGUGUCCGCCGUAUCGUCCGCCACCACCUUCCUCACCUCUGCAACACCGGUAUCUUCCGGCUCUGUCAUGUCAUCAAGCUCAUCUAUUCCAACAACAACCUACAAAAACACGUUGGGAGGAACCCCAGUUUCUACAACCAAUAGCUCCUCCAACACGACCUCCAAAUCCGGCGAUUCUACCCUUAUCAACUGGUACUUCCUCCUCCUCCUCGCCAUCAUCCUUAUCGCAAUAUGUGCCGCAUUUCUCUACCGACGCUCAAAGCGAGGAAAACGCACACAGCAAGCUACACGCGGGCGCGAUGCACUUCAGACCGAUCUCAUAGCGUUAGGGAGACGUCGAAGAACGGAGUCUAUAUGCGAGGAGGGGGAGAGUAUUGAGGCGUUGCCGGUAUAUACACCGCCGGUGGAAGGACGGGAAGGAGAGUUGGAGAGCAGAGAAGGCGGUGGUGCACAACCGUUGCUGGGCGGCGUUGUCGUGGAAGAAAUGACGCGGCCAGCGCCAAUCGCUACCCGAGUGAGUAGUUUUGGGGGCAUACAGCCGCCGAGAUACGAUGAAGCAAUGGAUUCAUCUGGUGGCGUGCCUACGAGAUGAACGAGUGAAGAUGUUCAGUGAAGGACUACAGGGAGAACGAAGCUACGUCCCGCAUCAUCUGGAAUGAAUGUGCGAGGAGUUACGCAGAGGGUCGGAUUUGGGGAGCACAGACAGUUGUUGGAAAGAUGUUUGGCAAUGGUUUCUGGCGUUGAUUGGCGUUUUUGAGGGUUU